AUGUUUUAUAUUUUAUUGGAGGGAGCCCUGUACCCGGAUGGAACAUAUGGAAGGAACAAGGAUGAUGACAAUGUUCCUCCUGGCAAAAACUAUACCUAUGUCUGGCCAGUGAGAGAAGAAUAUGCUCCUGCCCCAGCAGAUGCAAAUUGCCUGACCUGGGUGUACCAUUCGCACAUCGAUGCCCCUAAGGACAUCUGCUCUGGGCUAAUUGGCCCACUGCUGGUGUGCAAAGAGGGUAUCCUGCAUAAAUAUUCAGGGACAAGGACUGAUGUGGAUCAAGAGUUUGUUAUAAUGUUUACUCUUGUGGAUGAGAAUCAAAGCUGGUACCUUGAGGAAAAUAUCAGACAUUUCUGCACUGACCCUGAUUCAGUUGACAAAGAAGAUGCUGUUUUCCAGAGGAGUAACAAAAUGCAUGCGCUCAAUGGAUACCUCUUUGGAAACUUCCCCGAGCCUGAUAUGUGUGUUGGUGAGUCGGUGUCCUGGCACCUAUUUGGAAUGGGGAAUGAGAUAGACAUCCAUUCCAUCUAUUUUUAUGGUAACACCUUCAUCAGCAGAGGCCAUCGGACUGAUGUCGUCAACCUCUUCCCAGCCACCUUCCUGACAACAGAAAUGAUAGUUGAGAAUCCUGGGAAGUGGAUGAUAACCUGCCAAGUAAGUGAUCACUUUCAAGGCCCAAUGAUUCAUGCUGAGGUGGGUGACUCCAUCCUGAUCAUAUUUAUAAACAAGGCCAGUCGGCCCUACUCCAUCUCAGCGCACUGAGUGGAGGACGUGGAGAGUGGGAAGGGACCCCCAGUGCCUGUCACAAAGCCAGGAGAAAUCAAAACUUACAGAUGGAAAGUCCCUGAAAGGUCCGGUUCAGGGCCAUCUGACCCAAAUUGUAUUCCAUGGGUUUACUAUUCAACAGUAAACUUUGUGAAGGGUACCUAUAAUGGUUUGAUGGGUCCUCUGAUUACAUGCAGGGAAGGAGUGUUGAAUGGAAAGGGAAGAAGAAGCGACGUUGACUAUGAAUUUGUUCUCUUGUUUUUGGUAUUUAAUGAGAAUGAAUCCUGGUAUCUGCAUGACAAUAUUAAGAAGUAUCUUAAUAAAGGUACAUGAGAUUUUAAACCCUCUGAUGAUUUUGAGGAGAGCAACAAAAUGCGUGCUAUUAAUGGAAAGAUUUUGGGGAAUCUCCAUGGCCUCAUCAUGAAUGAAAAUACAAUGACAAACUGGUAGUUAGGAAUAGGAAGUGAAGUGGACAUACACACCAUUCAUUAUCAUGCUGAGAGCUUUCUUUUCAAGAUAGAUAAAUCUUACCAAGAAGAUGUAUAUGACCUCUUUCCUGGGACAUUCCAAACCACUGAACUGUUUGUGGAUCACCCAGGGACAUGGUUAUUACAUUGUCAUGUAUCUGACCACAUCCAUGCUGGCAUGGAGACAACCUACACAGUCCUUCGAAACAUCGACAACAGGAUUCCUUACUCCACCAAGCCUCCUUCUGGAGGAGUGUCCCACCCGGCCACAGCGCCCUCUAAUGAAGAACCUGGCAAGGAGCAGCUCUACUUCUUCGGCAAGAAUCUGGGUCCCAGAGGAGCCAAAGCAGCCUUGGUCAUCCUUUUCAUCAUCGGACUCCUCCUUUUUAUUGUCACAGUGAUUCUCUCCCUGACACUGUGCUCUGCGAGGAAGCGGGUGGCAUAUCAGGAAGUCCAGUCCUGUGCGCUCCCCGCGGAUGCUCUGUGA